GAGACACACACAGACACACACGCACACACACACACACGCACACACACACGCACACACACACACACUGACACACACACAGACACACACACCGCCCUCCCGCGCUUUGAUAACAUUACUUGGGAGUUUCCAGGAUUUUCCAGGAUUUUCCAGGACCUGCUGUGUUAGCCGUUAGCUCCGUCAGCUGUCUACAGGACAGUUAGGGCCGAUCGUCCUGACACUGAACCAGUGUUGAUCCGAGGAUCGGGAGCACACAGACCUCUGGGACCAGAACCUUCUCUGAACCGGCUCUGACACACCAGGACACCUGAUGAAUUCUGGGAAUACUGAAACUUGUGAAAUGUCCCUUUAAAGUUUGACACUAAUCACUGAAACAGCCAGAGAGACCAAACCCUCCAACUGCACCAACGACCUGGGUUGGACAUGGUCCUGGACUCCGCUGGACUCUGACCACCAACCUUAGCUUGAACCAGAACCAAGACCAGGAGUCUGAACCUGAAUCGUUAACAGCUGGACCUGAUCCAGAUCAGAUCCAGAUCCAGAUUGGCCGGUUUCUGUUGGAUCAUCAAACAGUGGAUCUGAACCCAGGACCAGUGAAAACUUUGGACGUAAGAACAAGUUUAGAAUCUGAGUUCAUUUCUUAGCUGAACUCCUUGAUUUCUUUUUCUAAAUCUGGCCUGUGGUGCAGGUGCUGGCUGAUUUCACUCAUCUCUGCUGUGAUCAUGGCAGAAGAGGACUGAAACAGCUGAUGUCCACGUUUGAAAUCACUGCAUCAGAGUUGGAGACGCGGACAGCUGGAACGAAAACAGAUUCAGAUUAAAGAGAAACGACAAACCAUGAGCAGCAGACUGAGCAAAGAGGGAGGGGGAGGAAGAGGAGGGAGGGCUGUCUUCCUCAGCGCUCACCGCUGCCCUGAAGUCGACCUGCUGCCUCGCCACGACUCUGUGACACAGAUCCCUCUGCUGUGUUCACUAGUUCCUGGAGAGAAUGGCCCUGACUUCACCUGUGCCGGUCCAUCUGAGGUGGAUUACCUGGACGUCUCCUCCACCUGUCGCUCGGAGGAGGAGGAUAUGCAGGAAGAGGAGGAGGAAGAGGGGAGCAUCAGCGACUGGUCAGAGGAGGAUCUCUCUCUCCAUUUCUCUCCCUCUGUCAUCCACCCGUCAGACGAUGAGGAGUCAGAGUCAGAGAGUGGUUUCAAGUGUGUCGACGUAACCGUGGAAACACAGGUGACGGGUCAGGAGGGGGAGGGUCUGAAGAUGGUCCCGAAACGACAAAUUCACUUGAAGAAGAAAGACACAGAGAACAUCACCAACCAGAAGAAACCUGAGAGACGGCAGAUGAUAAUGAAGGAUGGACCUUCUGAAGUGGGAGGAGCCCAUCGCCACCCUGAUAAGUUGCUACGACAACACAGCAUGCCCACCUCGUUCCACACACGGUCGACAAUCAGCGGCGAUGGCGACAGCUACAGGGUCUACAGGGGCCUGGUUGCAGGGGCCAGCCAAGGUUUUCAGGUUGGAGGAAACUCUGAGGCACCGAGACGUCUGCAGAAAUCUUUCUCUCUGGAUGAAACUAAAACCAAGAUGGCAUCUUGCAUCAUUAAGAGCGUCCUCUCCAAAAAGAUGCAGGUGGAGCAGAGCAGCAGUAAAACGUCACACCUGAAGAAGACACCUGAGACAUUACGUGUCCUCCCCCCACCUGCAGACCAGCAGAGAGUAAGGGAGGGGGGAGGGGCAAGUGGAGGUGUUUUUAAAGCUCCAGUACAUGUGGUGAGAGAUGUGAGGAGUUUAGUUAAAAACACCUACAGUCUCUCAUUCUCCAUGGCAACAACAUCUGAGAACCACAAACCAACAAGCUUCAAGGUGAUUGGUCAGGAGGACAGUCCCCCCCCGACCUACCAGCAGGCUGUGGGGGUCAAGGGUCAUCAUAUGACGAAGACCAACUCCUCCAGAGGAAACGUCACCAAGGUCGCUGCAUCUCUUGACCAAUCACAGAACAGGAAAAAGAAUGACACGCUGAGUCACCCAAUCACACAGAGACGAAGCAGUGAACCCGUCAGAAGAAGAAGGAUGUUAUUAGACCCCCCCUUGCCCACCACCCCUCUUGUCGGCCAAUCAGAGAGAGACGGAGGUGCAAGUCACCUGGCUGGGACCUCCCUCCCCCCCUCUGUGUUUAUCCAGCCCCCCCGUCCUCCCUCGUCCACCCCCAGACACCCCCAAGGAACCCAGCCUCCUUUCUCUGCUGAGGAACAGCGCUCCCUCCUGGACGUGUCCCCUCAGUCUGGGCCCAGCUCCUCCCAGCCGAUCCUCCAAUCCUGUUUCUACACAGCCCCCACCCUGCACCCUCACCUGGGGAAGGUCAGCUAUGUCCACAGCCCUCUGAACUACAUCCAGACCCAGCUGCAGCCCCCCCAACCUGCCACCACCCUCCACCUGCUGAGGAGCUCUGAGGAGAAGCAGAACAGGACGACCGGAGACACUUUGGACCAGCCAGACCGCUUCAUUAAUACCUGCCCCCUUAACCAGACCAGAAGUGUUGGAGACCAGGAGGGACACGCAGUGACAGCUGCUACACCCAAGCAACAGCAGCAACAGGAGCAACACCAUCUGCAGCAGCAGGUGUUUCAGGGUCUCUUACCUGCACAGGUGGGUAGCGACUUCCUCAUUGAUGCCGGGGGUUCGGCCGUACCACCCGGAGCCCUCCUCGGUGGCCCCACCCCCUGUCAUGUAAUGUUAGAGCCUAAAAGUGGGCGGUGCUACUAUGUGGACCCGCCCCCACUGCCUCAGAGGAAGAUGCUGCUGGACCCAGAAACUGGUCAGUUCAUCCAGGUGUUCCUACCUGCAGCCAGCUCCACCCCCAGUGCUGCUGUGUUCCCUGUGUGCUAUACUAACCCCGCACCCGCUGUGAUAAGUGCCACGCCCACUAUGCUACAGGUGGGUGGUGCUAACCCCACCGUCCUCUCAGUGAUGCGGUUCCAGCCAAGCAUAGCCUUCUCCUCCCUGUACGCCCCGCCCUGCCUCCCCUUCACCCUGCACGCACCAUCAGGUAACUUCACUCAUACAGCGCCGUGACGCGGUCUGUACGAUACAUGUACGAUCUACACAUGACAACACACCAACUUUGUCCACAGCCAACAAGCAAACGUAUAAGCCUCAGUCAGGACUAAACCCUGAGAUAAAAUCCUUCAGCUGUCACGUCCAGAUUCUCAAAGUCAAACUUUAAACAAACACAAUAAAAACAAAGUGAUAAAGGAAAAUUGAUUGUGAUCACACCUGUAAUGUGGCAGCAGAGACAUGAAGGUAGAAAGGAUGAAAAUGGAUUUCAUCUUUGUUUCAUUUAAAUGUUUUUUUUGUCACUUCAACUUUAAAACUCAUUUCAGCAUAAUAUGAAAAGACAUCAUCAUCAUCAUCAUCAUGAUUAGCAUCACUGUAGCUUGUUUUGUAUUUCGAUUGUUGAGCUAAAGCUUUUUAUCUUCAGUGAACAAAGAUCUUUAAACACGAUGUUAGAAACGAGUUGUGUUACUGUUUGUGUGUUUACAGCGUCUCUCUCUCACAGUAAGAAAAAUGCUGUUUAUUUUCUGGCAUCAUAAAUAAAAGUAAAAAUAAAAA